AAAUUCAACACACAACACGAACUAUCCAAUAUGAUAUCCAUUACUAAAUUCUCCACACUCCUCACUCUCCUCGUCCUCCUCCUCACCACCGCCAACGCCGCCACCUUUGAAAUCAACAACCAAUGCCCUUACACCGUCUGGGCGGCCGCCUCCCCCGGUGGAGGACGGCGCCUGAACACCAACCAAGUAUGGAACCUAAACGUGCCAGCGGGGACCAAAAUGGCCCGCAUUUGGGGCAGAACAGGUUGCAAUUUUGAUGGGAGUGGUAAAGGGAGAUGCCAAACAGGUGAUUGUGGAGGAGUACUAGAUUGCAGAGCCUGGGGUCAACCACCAAACACACUAGCAGAAUAUGCACUAAACCAAUUUGGCAACAAAGAUUUCUACGACAUAUCACUUGUUGAUGGCUUCAACAUUCCAAUGGAGUUCAGUGCAACUAAUGGAGGGUGCAAGAGGAUUAGAUGCACCGCUGACAUAAAUGGACAGUGCCCUGCCCAAUUGAGGGCUCCUGGUGGGUGUAACAAUCCAUGCACAGUCUUCAAGACUAAUGAAUAUUGUUGUACUAAAGGUCAAGGGACUUGUGGAUCUACAAAUUUCUCGAAGUUUUUCAAACAGAGGUGCCCUGAUGCUUAUAGUUACCCUCAAGAUGAUCCUACAAGCACAUUUACUUGCGCUAGUGGGACUAAUUAUAGGGUAAUUUUCUGCCCUAGGGGAGGAUCUUCUGAACAUCAUGAUAAUUUCCCACUGGAGAUGGUUGAAGAAAUUAUCAUGUAAACAAGCUAAGUCAUGCAUAUAUAUAUAUAUAGAAGACCUGCUUCUACGUUUUGUAUAAGUAGGAACAUGUAGAUGGUGUUCCUACUGGUGUGAGUCUGAUCUUGUACGUGUAUGGUAAGUAUAUUGAAAUAAAACUCUCUUAG